GGGAAAAGUUGAUAGAGAAACAAAGCAAAGAAGAUGUUGCAGAGCUUUCCCUUUCUCGGAAAAGGAAGCGUCCUUUGCCGAUAUGAUGAAGGAAGUUCGGGACACUUCGCAACAUGUAUAGAAGAUCAUUACCGGGUUAUGUAUUUUUCCGCUUUCGAUAUGGCAAUUCAGUCUAUCAAAAGCAGAUUUGACCAGCCACACUAUAAGAUAUACAGCAAGCUUGAAUGCACACUUCUGAAGGGUGCUGCUGGAGAGAGCUAUACGGAUGACCUGUCUAGCAUACAGGAGUUGUACUGCACAGACUUUGACAGCAAUAUCCUCCAGACGCAGCUAUUGAUACUGUAUUCUCACUUUAGAGAAACGGCAGUCACACCAGCCCUGAUGGAUGUUGUGGACUAUGUUAAGUCACUAGGGAAACCCGGCCAGCUGCUGUUGUCUGAGGUGGUCAAACUUAUACGCUUGAUCCUUGUUGCUCCUGCAACAAAUGCAACUAGUGAAAGAACGUUCUCAGCUCUCCGCAUUGUUAAAACAUACCUUCGGUGCACUAUGACACAGGCAAGGUUAAAUCACCUUUUAAUGUUGCAUGUGCACAAAGAAGCAUGUGAUAGUCUUGAUCUAGAACUAUGCAUAGAUGAUUUCUGUAGGGAAUCAGAACACAGAAGAAACAUUUUUGGCUCAAUGUAGAUUUACGUACAGAAAUAGCCUUGUAAGGUUUGACACAUGUUGUUCUAGUAGUUACUAAGUGUUAAUCUUGCGUUCUCUGUAUGGUAUUCAAGCUUUUAGAGAAAUGUUUAGCGUGC